ACAAUAAAAAUAUUUAUUAUAAUAAAAAUCUGAAUUUGUCAUAAACUUUAAACCCUAACUCUUUAAAUUCCCCAAAAAUUAUCCCAAUUUUUUCAUUGUCUUCUCCGAUCUGCAAUCAACGUUUCGCCAUUUUUGUUUUACUAAGAGGUUUAAGAUGAAAAACACUGAGAGAAUUGCGAGUUUGGCAUUAGCAGGUUUAACCUUGGCACCUCUUGUUGUGAAAAUAGAUCCAAAUGUAAAUGUUGUCUUAACCGCAUGCAUCACUGUGUUCGUGGGAUGCUACCGUUCCGUCAAACCAACUCCACCUACUGAGACAAUGUCUAAUGAACACGCUAUGCGUUUUCCCUUUGUCGGGAGCGCAAUGUUGUUAUCACUUUUCUUGCUCUUCAAGUUUCUAUCUAAGGACUUGGUCAACACUGUCUUGACACUCUACUUCUUUGUACUGGGGAUUGUUGCCUUGUCGGCAACAUUACUACCAUCUAUCAAAAGAUUUUUGCCAAAUCAUUGGAAUGAGGAUCUCAUUGUCUGGCGUUUUCCAUAUUUUAAAUCUUUGGACAUUGAGUUUACAAAGUCACAGAUCAUUGCUGCAAUCCCUGGAACCUUUUUUUGUGCAUGGUAUGCUUUAAAGAAGCAUUGGCUGGCAAAUAAUACAUUGGGUCUUGCUUUCUGUAUUCAGGGAAUUGAAAUGCUUUCUCUUGGGUCUUUCAAGACUGGUGCUAUUCUGUUGGGUGGACUCUUUUUUUAUGACAUUUUCUGGGUUUUCUUCACACCUGUGAUGGUUAGCGUUGCAAAAUCAUUUGAUGCUCCUAUAAAGCUUUUGUUCCCCACAUCUGAUAUUGCAAGGCCGUUUUCGAUGCUUGGACUUGGUGAUAUUGUUAUCCCUGGUAUCUUUGUAGCACUGGCAUUGCGGUUUGAUGUUUCUAGAGGAAAGCAAUCCCAAUAUUUCAAGAGUGCAUUUUUAGGAUACACUUUCGGCUUGGUCCUUACAAUAGUUGUGAUGAACUGGUUUCAGGCUGCUCAGCCCGCUCUUUUAUAUAUUGUACCUGCUGUUAUUGGAUUUUUGGCUGCUCAUUGCAUAUGGAACGGUGAAGUCAAACAGUUAUUGGAGUUCGAUGAGUCCAAAUCCAAAUCAUCUGAAGAAGAGAGUGAUGCCAAACCUAGCAAAAAGGAUGAAUAAAGCACUUUCAAUACAAUUUACCUUUUGAGUCAUAGAAUAUCUCAUUCCCUGUAAUAGUAACUUAUUCUACAGCCAACAUUAAUAGAUUUUGUUAUUGAGAAAAUUAA